UGGCGGGCGGGAGGGGAGGCGGCAGGCGCGUUUGCAGGAGGGGCGCACCUCUUUGCUCUGUUACCCCCGGAGGUAGACCGAGAAAGGGAGGCGGGCGGGCUGAGAGGAGCUAGGAGCACGCGAUCCAGCAGGCGUAGGGACCGCUAUGUGGGGGGUGGUGCGCCCUGCAGUCUAGACAGUCCGAUCCGGGCAGGGGGCGUGUGCGCUCCGCGCACCUGCGAGACUACAGAGCUCGGGGCCGGCACGUGCGGGGAGUGUAGACACGUCCGCUGCACCCUUCUUGUUGCUGCCUAGGGGGAGGGAGGAGGGCAGGAAAGUGCCGCGGCCCGGUUUGUGGGGAGGGGGCGGCGGCCAUGGAGCGGGUGAACGACGCUUCCUGCGGCCCGUCGGGCUGCUACACCUACCAGGUGAGCAGGCACAGCACCGAGAUGCUGCACAACCUGAACCAGCAGCGCAAAAACGGCGGGCGCUUCUGCGACGUGCUUCUGCGGGUGGGCGACGAGAGCUUCCCAGCGCACCGCGCCGUGCUAGCCGCCUGCAGCGAGUACUUUGAGUCGGUGUUCAGCGCCCAGUUGGGCGAUGGCGGAGCUUCGGACGGGGGUCCCGCUGACGUGGGGGGACCAACGGCGGCCCCGGGCGGCGGGGCUGGGGGCAGCCGGGAGCUGGAGAUGCACACCAUCAGCUCUAAGGUGUUCGGGGACAUCCUGGACUUCGCCUACACUUCUCGCAUCGUGGUUCGCCUGGAGAGCUUCCCCGAACUCAUGACGGCUGCCAAGUUCCUACUGAUGAGGUCGGUCAUUGAGAUCUGCCAGGAAGUCAUCAAACAGUCCAAUGUGCAGAUCCUGGUGCCCCCAGCCCGGGCUGACAUCAUGCUCUUUCGUCCCCCUGGGACCUCGGACUUGGGCUUCCCUUUGGACAUGACCAACGGGGCAGCCUUAGCAGCCAACAGCAAUGGCAUCGCAGGCAGCAUGCAGCCCGAGGAGGAGGCAGCUCGGGCAGCUGGUGCAGCCAUUGCCAGCCAAGCUUCCCUGCCUGUGUUACCUGGGGUGGACCGCUUGCCCAUGGUGGCUGGACCCCUGUCCCCCCAACUACUGACUUCCCCAUUCCCCAAUGUGGCAUCCAGUGCCCCUCCCCUGACUGGCAAACGAGGCCGGGGCCGCCCAAGGAAGGCCAACCUGCUGGACUCAAUGUUCGGGUCCCCAGGGGGCCUGAGAGAGGCAGGCAUCCUUCCAUGUGGCCUGUGUGGGAAGGUAUUCACUGAUGCCAACCGGCUCCGGCAGCAUGAGGCCCAGCAUGGUGUCACCAGCCUCCAGCUGGGCUACAUCGAUCUUCCUCCUCCCAGGCUGGGUGAGAAUGGGCUACCCAUCUCUGAGGACCCCGACGGCCCCAGAAAGAGGAGCCGGACCAGGAAGCAGGUGGCAUGUGAGAUCUGCGGCAAGAUCUUCCGUGACGUUUACCAUCUCAACCGGCACAAGCUUUCCCACUCCGGGGAGAAGCCCUAUUCCUGCCCCGUGUGUGGGCUGAGGUUCAAGAGAAAAGAUCGCAUGUCCUACCAUGUGCGGUCUCACGACGGGUCCGUGGGCAAGCCCUACAUCUGCCAGAGCUGUGGGAAAGGCUUCUCCAGGCCCGAUCACUUGAAUGGACAUAUCAAGCAGGUGCACACUUCCGAGCGGCCUCACAAGUGUCAGGUGUGGGUUGGGAGCAGCAGCGGCCUGCCGCCCCUGGAAUCUCUUCCUAGCGACCUGCCAUCAUGGGACUUUGCCCAGCCUGCUUUGUGGAGGUCGUCCCAUUCGGUUCCUGACACCGCCUUUUCCCUUUCUCUAAAAAAAUCAUUCCCGGCCCUCGAAAACCUGGGCCCAGCACACUCCAGCAACGCUCUCUUCUGCCCAGCCCCUCCGGGAUAUCUGAGGCAGGGCUGGACUGCCCCAGAGGGCAGCCGGGCCUUUCCCCAGUGGCCUGUAGGCUAGCCUGGCCCGCCGAGAGGGUUUUCUGUGGAGGGAACGGGAGUGGCGGUUGCUCUGAGACCCUUGCUUUUGGGAGAGGCCAGGAGAGUGGUUCCCACCCCCAUACCCGGUUCCUCUCAGGGUGACUUGGAGUCUGUCCCAGCUCAGGGAUCCCAGAUAGGGGUAGCGAGAAGCUCCUCUCUUGGUCCGCCCCACGGCCUCCAGGUGCCCCUGGGUGUCUGUCCUUGCCUGGGUGACUUUGGAGGUUGGUGCGUGGCCGGGAACUCUGCCACUGGCUUCUCUGCUUCCCCGAACCUGGCAUCACCUCCCCUAAGGCAGGGGGUUUCUAGAAUGGGGCCUGGCCACCCCUCCCCCCACCCUGGGAGUGAAUGCCCCUCCAGAGCGGACUCUGCUGCGACUCCAACUGGGACUCCAACUGGGUCAGCCCGCACUGCCCUCCUCUUCCCUUCCCACUCAGACAGGUCCUGCUUUCAUUUCUGGCUAGUGAAUUAGACAUUUGUGUUUUUGAGGUUUAUUAGCAGGUCUGCUCAGGAACUAGACUAACCAGUAGCUUUAUAUUGGGUUAUCCCGGUGUAUAGCUUUGGGGGCUGAUAAAGCAGAUGGAGA